AUGGUCGGCAAGUCCAUACGCCAGAAACGCAAAGUGAGGCACCGCAGUCAGAGCCUCAGUUCUCCGACAAUAUUACUGAAGGGCCCCAAUCGACGUGCACCAAAGCGACGAAAGCUUCGUGACAGUGACUCACAGAACGUGGAAGGCUGUUAUUACGCUUGUGAGGACCAAGGCUAUCACGUCGAUCCAGACGUCCACGUUGGUCGUGAGGCUGUCCUCAAGGGAAACAAGUACUGGCCCUUAGAUAAAGACGUCACAGACCCAACAGUGAAUAUCGCAGAGUCGCCGCCCUUCGCUGGACUCCCUGAACCUCUGCCUGGCCCAGACACCAAGAGAGGCUCGGUCAUCGUCAAGAGAAUGCAGCUACAUGGCAGUCCUCAAUUGGACCUCCUCACCGGGUCUGUCUCCCUGCCGGAGCCCUCGCUUCCCACGACACCUGACGCCACACCUAGAGUCAAGAUGCCUUAUGGGGAUGAGCCGUCUUCUACGAACAAUAGUCCUUCACGAUGCAGUUCUGGCUACACCGGUAGCCUCGAAUUCCCAAGUCCUUUGUUUUACCAUGAUGCGCAACACGGAUAUAUCCCUCCCUCGGACACUGUCCACCCAGCCUGGGGAAUUCCGUAUUUCGAGUACGCGUGUGGCCAGGCCCAACCAGAGCCGGAUUUCGUCAGCUACCGGUCCAUGCCGGCUGCUCCUCAGACAAGACCUCCGCUUUUCGAGCGUCAGGAGAGUCUAGGCCUGGCGCUUUGUGCCCCUGCGUCGUCAAAACAUAGGCUAGAAGAAAGCUGCAUCUCAGAUGAGAGCCAUGACACUUCCACACAUGGUUGUCCAUUGCCUCCACUGUUGGACUGCUCGGACUGCGGGGAGACGCAGGUCACCCUUCCCUGCGGUCCAAGCAAUACAGACAGCGUCGUCGACUGGCAACCAAACAUCUCUAACGAUCCCGAAUGGCCAUCAACUGGGGAUUUCGUGGCACGCAGGUGCUUCUACCACGUAGUAGAUCGACCCUAUCAGCCUCUCAGCACAGAUUUUGACCUGGACGAUCCAGAACCGUCAUAUUCUGGCGAUUUCGUGGCGCGCAGACGUUUCUACCACGUGGUAGACCGGCCACUUUAUUUCCCUGGCACGGGUGAUAACCUGGUCGAUCCCGGGCCGUCAUGCACCGGGGAUUUCGUGGAACGCAGCGCUUCUAUCACGCGGUAG